AUGGAAAUUGUUUUAUGCUCCUCGAAACUUCGAAAAUUAUGGGAAGAAGGAGGGCAGAAAGGGAAGUUCAGCAAAAAAGCUUCUGACUCGAUUCCCGGAGAUAUUUUCUCACCUCGUCUUCCGAUCGGUGGACCACUUGGAAUUUGGAUAGAACUUGAAACCUUCCCUUCCUCCUCGCUCUCUCCCGUCUCUCAUCUCUCGCCGGAUCUUUGGAGUCUUGUCGCCGUUCACCGCAGUCGCAGUUUCGUGGCUGUGCUUCUCCGGCCAUUUUGCACUGGGAAAGAAGAUUGUGGGAAGUCCAAUUUUCUUGUUCUGUUAAAUGUGCGUAGAAAUUUCCAAGCAGAAAACAUGAGGAAAGGAGAGGGCGGAAGUUCAAAUUCUCAAUCUCCAAAAAAGCUGAAAUUUGUACCAAAAAUACCUUCUCGGAAGGCACGAAAACGAACUGUAGCUAACGAGGAGCCAUCUGAGAGUUAUCAUGAGGUUGUCGGCAAAGAACUGGUUUUAAAAAUUCAGAGAGCAACCAUGGGCAGUGGGUUACUACAGAAGACAUUGUCAAGCGAUAGGAAAGCAGUUGCUCAAACAGAAGUUGCAUUUGGACAUGUUGAUUCCAAAUUUGCAAGAUCGUUUCCAAAAGGCAAGGCCAAAGUAAACCAGGCUGAAAGAAAUGAGAUUCAAGACAUUGAUGAUGGUGAAAUAAUUCCAAAAAUAAAAAGUCACUAUGUCGAUCCCUGGGAUUAUGAAAACUCAUAUUAUCCGGUUACCCUACCAUUAAGGAGGCCUUAUUCAGGAAAUCCAGAAAUUCUCGAUAAAGAGGAGUUUGGAGAAGCCUCAGCACCUGUAGCAUUGAAUUGUAGCAAAAUUAGUCCAGCAGAAGAGCUUGGGUUGAUGGAAAAGAGUGCGGCAAAACAGAUGUUUCUUUUCCAGUUUCCUCCAACUCUUCCAUCAGUCAAGAAACCUGCUGCUGAUGGGGCUGGCAGAAGCACUGGCAAGUUGGAAAAGCAAUUUACUAAUGGAUGCAAGUUGGAAGAUCUCCCUGAAGGGCUCAUUGGCAAAAUAAUGGUGCACCGAAGCGGAAAAAUGAAGAUGAAGUUGGGAGAUUCCUUCUUUGAUGUAUAUCCUGGAGUAAAAUGUGAUUUCGCCCAACAGGUUGCGGCAAUUAAUGUCAAAGAGAAGCACUGCUGCGUCUUGGGAGAGCCUGGCAAGCGUGUGGUGGUGACUCCAGACGUAGAUUCUCUAGUAAAUGCUAUAUAGCUUUGUUAUGAGUUCUAGCACUUUCUACUACAGCAAGCUGCUUCCUUGAAAUUAGACAUGGUAAUGCUUAGUUUGAUGCUAACAAAAGUUUCUCCAAAAAGUAUUGAGAUGGUCGGCAUGCAAUAUGAGUUCAA